UACCCUUUAAUAGUAGUAAUAAUAAUAAAAAGCCUAGAGCUGCAGAUGAGACUGAGUUAGAGGCAAGGGUGGUUGGGCUGAAGCACCCCCAGAUGCUCUCAAGGAUGGAGCGCUGCUAUGCCAUGCUCUUGGCACCUCUAUGGAUCGUUUGGGUUCUCAGCGCUUGUGCCAGCGGAGACAUCACUUGUAGGCAAUGUCACACCCGAAUCCAGCUGAGGGACCACGGAUGGUUGAGGGGUGGCACCGGGCAGGCGAGGUUCGCCAGGGAACUUGUUCAGGACUCAACUGGUGCUGAGGACAAGGAGGAUGGCGAAGUGGGCGAGGGGCACCACGAAGUCGUACAGCUGCGUCUUCUAGGAGGAGACACCAGGAGAGCUCCCAAGUCAUCUCAGAAAGGUGGCACCGCCUGGAGGAACCACAAGCUGCCCAGGGAGGGCCAACAGGAGAUGACCAGGGUCAAGAGGGACCAAUCCAGACUUGGCAUCAUGCUGCCAUCUGAACCCAGUGACGAGGAACCAUUGACCAGCUUCUCUUUGGAUGCCCAGAAGGUCAAGAGAGCUGAUGCCAAGGGGUCCAGGGAGGAAGGAAGGGUAAACCGUGCCAGGAACGAGGAACUAAAACUAAGCAGCACCAGCUUCCCUUUAACUGGAGACUCUGCCCAUAACCAAGCCAUGGUCCACUGGACCGGGGGCCACAACAGCAGUGUCAUCUUGAUACUGACAAAGCUGUAUGAUUUUAACCUGGGCAGUGUGACGGAGAGCUCCCUCUGGAGGUCAACAGACUACGGAACAACCUAUGAAAAGUUCAACGAGAAGGUGGGGCUGAAGACCGUUCUUAGCUACCUGUAUGUGAGCCCCACCAACAAGAGAAAGAUCAUGCUGCUGAGUGACCCCGAUGUAGAGAGCAGUAUAUGGAUCAGCUCGGAUGCUGGAGCCACGUACCAAAAAUACAGAAUCAGCUUCUACAUACAGAGUCUCUUGUUCCACCCCAAGCAGGAGGACUGGGUGCUGGCGUACAGUCUGGACCAAAAGCUCUACAGCUCGAUGGAUUUUGGAAGGAGGUGGCAUCUGAUGCACGAGAGGAUAACACCCAACAGGUUCUAUUGGUCUGUAAUGGGCUUAGAUAAGGAGGCUGACCUUGUCCACAUGGAGUCUCAGACAGCUGACAGAUAUGCUCAUUACAUAACUUGUAGAAUACAAGAGUGCGCGGAGACCACCAGGAGCGGACCGUUCUCUCGCUAUAUUGACACCAAUUCAUUAGUGGUGCAGGACGAGUACGUCUUCAUUCAGGCGACGUCCGGUGGCAGAGCGAGCUAUUAUGUCUCCUACAAACGCGAGGCUUUCGCACAGAUUAAACUACCAAAAUAUUCCCUCCCAAAGGACAUGCACAUCAUCAGCACCGAUGAGAAACAGGUGUUUGCUGCCGUUCAGGAGUGGAACCAAAACGAAACGUACAACCUGUACAUCUCGGAUACACGGGGAGUCUACUUUACCCUCGCCCUGGAGAAUGUCAGGAGCAGCCGGGGCCUGGAGGGAAAUAUUGUCAUUGACCUUUAUGAGGUAGCUGGGAUAAAAGGUGUACUCCUGGCCAACAAGAAAGUUGAUGAGCGUGUGAAGACCUUUAUCACUUACAACAAAGGUCGGGACUGGCGUCUUAUUAAGGCCCCAGACGUGGAUAUGAAGGGGAAUCCCAUCAAUUGUCUGCUGCCAUUCUGCUCUCUGCACCUUAACCUGCAGAUGUCUGAGAACCCAUACAACUCCGGCAGCAUAUCCAGCAAGGUCACGGCUCCCUGGCUUAUUGUUGCGGCAGGUAACGUUGGCCCUGAACUCUCCUCUACAGACACCAACAUGUACAUCUCAUCAGAUGGAGGCAACACGUGGAAACAUAUAUUUGAAGAGGAGUACAAUAUUUGGUUUUUGGACUGGGGCGGAGCUCUGGUCGCCAUGAAACACACCUCUCUGCCGGUACGCCAUUUGUGGCUGAGCUUUGAUGAGGGUCGGACGUGGAGCAAGUACGGUUUUACCACCGCGCCACUGUUUGUUGAUGGAGCGCUGGUGGAACCUGGAGUGGAGAAUCAGAUCAUGACAGUGUUUGGACACUUCAGUCUCUUGUCGGAGUGGCAGCUGGUGAAAGUGGAUUACAAAUCUGUUUUUGGCCGAAGGUGCACCGAAAACGACUUUGAAAACUGGCAUUUGCACAAUCAGAGAGACUUCUGUGUGAUGGGGGAGAGGAAGACCUAUCGUAAAAGGAGACCUGGAUCUAGGUGUUUGGUGGGGAAGGACUAUCUGAGGACCAUCACAGAGCCGUGUCUGUGCUCACACUGGGACUUUGAGUGUGACUAUGGCUACGAGAGGCAAGGGAAGAACCAGUGCACAGCAGCAUUUUGGUUUAACCCAGGUUCCAUUUCCAAAGACUGCAGCCAGGGUCAGAACUAUCUGAAGAGCAGCGGGUAUCGCAGGAUUGUGGCCAACAAUUGCACCGAUGGGUUGCGGGAACAGUACAGAGCCAAGCCUCAGCAGUGCUCAGGAAAAGCCCCGCAAGGUCUUCAGCUCAGCACUAGUGAUGGGAAACUGGGGGUUCACCAGGGCCAGAACGUGACCUUCCUGGUCCACUUGGAGGAGGGAGACCUCCAAAGAAUAAACAUUCAGCUGGACUUCGGGGACGGCAGCGCUGUGUCCUACGCUAACUUUAGCAAGAUUGAAGAUGGGAUAAGACACGUGUAUAAGAGCGCCGGGAUAUACCAAGUGGUGGCGUACGCGGAGAACAACGUCGGUGUUGACAGCGCCAUGCUCUAUCUCCAUGUGACUUGUGCCGUGGAACACGUUCAUCUAAGAGUACCGUUCGUGGUCAUCCGAAACAAAGAGGUCAACAUUAGCGCCGUGGUUUGGCCGUUGCACUCGGGAACGCUCACUUAUUUUUGGUGGGUUGGGAAUAAUUCCAAGCCUCUCAUCACCUUGGACAGCAGCAUCUCCUUGACCUUCAGCGUGGAGGGAACAAAUACCAUAACUGUUCAAGUGUCUGCUGGGAACACCCUGAUUCAGGACACCAAAGAGGUGGUGGUGCACGAGUAUUUCCAGUCGCAGCUGCUGUCAUUUUCUCCGAACCUGGACUACCACAACCCCGACAUCCCCGAAUGGAGACAAGACAUAAGCAGACUCAUUAAGGGAGCUCUGAUACAGGUGACCCAUAUCCCCGAGGAGCAUAUCCUAGUAGCCAUGUUUUCUGGUCUCCCAACAUCAGCGGAACUAUUUAUAUUGCCACCAAAAAAUGUCAGCGAACGGAGGAAAGGUAGCAAAGCGGACUUAGAGCAGAUCGUCGAGUCUCUUCUUAGUGCCCUGAAUCAGAACCUUGUAAUGUUUGAGCUGAAGCCAGGAGUGCAAAUCUUUGUAUAUGUGACACAGCUUACUCUAGCACCUCUAGUGGAUAACAGUGCCAGUCACAGCAGUUCAGCGAUGCUGAUGCUCCUUUCGGUCGUGUUUGUGGGCUUAGCUGUUUUUUUAAUCUACAAGUUCAAGAGGAAAAUCCCGUGGAUCAACAUUUACGCCCAGGUUCAGCACGAUAAAGAACAGGAAAUGAUUGGUUCCGUCAGCCAGAAUGACAACGUGCCCAAAAUCUCGCUCAGCAACUUCACAGAGGAGGAGCUGGCCGACAAGGAACUGGACACACGAGUCAUUGUGAUGUGCUGCCCAUGGAUCUUGUGCCUGGUGCUGAAGGACGGAGCAUUCAGGUUGGAGGCCACUGUCAACCUGCAGAAUUACAGAGGAGAGGAAAGACCCCAAAAAAACACAAGGAGGCUGCACUUGGGUCCUCUCAGGGUCCAGAAAAAGAACAACGUCAGUGAAGGGGAGUUCAGGGGUGCAGCGGUCUUGGGUCACCAUUGCACCGCUGUAUUUGCAGCCCUCCACCAAGAGGUGAGGGACCUGGAAGGUGGACUUAGGAGACCGGUGGAUGAGGAGGCCUCUCUUGCGUCUCGUGUCCUGCACCCCCUGGAGAUGGAGACGGAGCUUGGGAGGAUAACGAGAAGCACAAGUGCCGAUAAGAAAACUGGACACCGUGCUGGAGAUGUCCAGAAGCAGACUCUUUCCAGCAUCAAACUCACAGUGGUAAUCCUGCUGAUCUGGUACAUUGUGGUUUCCAUAUUGAAUCUGUGGCUAUCAUCUCGAGAACUGUAUUUCCCAAAAAGACAACAAGUGGCCAAUGGGCAUUACUGCAUGACUUCACUUUGA